CGGACCUCGACCUCAUUUGCGCAUUGACGACGAACGACACGGACCGACGACACAUGAGUGCGAACUACUUGAUGGAUGACAUCGAAGAAUUGAAGACGAUUGUCGCUUCUGUGACGUCCGAGCGGCUGCAGAAAGACCUGCGGCAUCUUCUCGCCACAAAGGAAGCGGCAUUGGUCCAAGCACAGCAAACGCAACCACGACCCGUGGCGGCCCCCAAGCCAGCAGUUGUCACACCGGCAGCGUCGGCGCCAGUCUCCAACGACAACAUAGUGUACACGGAGAUCUCGACGUUUGCAUGGGAUGAUGAAGGGUACGGCAAGCCGAAAGUCACGGUGUACAUCACGUCGGGGAUUGACGGUGUGGGGUCACUCCCAAGCGACCACAUCACGUGUGACUUUACGACCCGGAGCUUCGACUUGAAGAUCAAGGACCUCAACGGCAAGAACUAUCGAUUGGUGCGCUACAAUUUGGACAAGGACAUCGUCCCCAACAAGUCCAAGUUCGUCGCCAAGAAGAAUCGCGUGACGAUCACAUUGGUCAAGGCCGACGACAAGAACACAUGGAUGAACUUGACCGCCAAAUCCGCGGCCCCCACCGCCAAACCCAAUUCCGCCGAUCCAUCUGCCGGGAUUAUGGACAUGAUGAAGAACAUGUACGACGAAGGCGACGACGAGAUGAAGCGCACAAUUGCCAAAGCAUGGUCGGAAAGCCGCAACAAGAACCCUGGCGGGGCUGACGUCGGUGGACUUGGCGGCCUUUAACCGUCGUCGGCACUCCAACUAAUCGAAACAAUUUGUUCAUUUCGUACGACAGACCCCUCGCUUGCUACUACUCGUCGUCCUCAUCGCCACUCUUGGCGUACACUUCAGCAGACACUUCAGUGGCUUUGCUUGUCUUUUUGCUUUAAAAAUCCAAAGCGCGACUUGGCCUUCUUGAUUGGGUUGAGUUUCGCGCUCUUGUCGGGUUUGAGCUCGAGGGAAAACACCACUUGGCUCGGCUUCUUAGGGACGGCAGAUGGCGGCACGUCCGCCGCGCCCGAGCUCAUGCUGAGGCUCUUGAGGGGGUUGUUCAUGUCGAACCCUGCCCACCGCGAAAUAUCAAGGCGUUCCUUGAGGAAUAUGCCAAUAUUGUUGAAGUUCCGCCCCACUUGGCUGAGCACGUCGAGCAAAAUAUCGCGGCGGACGCGCAGCACCAGCUCGGACAGCGUGCACGUCUUGUCCGUGUACACAAGCGAGUGCAGCUUGAGCUCAAAGCCGCGCAUUUCCUCCAAGUGCUGGGGCAUCGCGGGCGUGGCUUUGCCGCCUAUACACUCGUCAGAUACAACGACCAACAACAACCAGUCGCCUUGUAGUAGGAUCGAGGUAGUGUGAUACUUUUGUACGUUAGAAGCACCAAGAUCGUGCCAAGGCGAAUGUGCUUGAAUGUGACGAGGUUAUAGCUGCUUCUAUUGUUGCUAGUGGUGGUGGUGGUGGUAGGUGGGGG